GUCAAUCCGGGCUCCGUCGUAAAGCCAGUUUAGUAGCCGAAAGGUACCAAGAUGGCGGAGGCUUCCUUGGGAAGUACAAGCCCAGUUGGCUCUUUGUCAUCGGAAGAUCACGAUUUUGACCCGACGGCAGACAUGCUGGUGCAUGAUUACGAUGAUGAGCGUACGUUAGAGGAAGAGGAGAUGAGGGAGAGCGAUUCAAACGGGAGUUCGGAAAUCGCAGAUCUGGAGAAGGAGGGGAACAUGCCCUUGGAAGAGCUGCUAGCAUUGUACAGAUAUGAAGCCGCAGACAGUACUGUCGGAGGGUCGAGUGCGGACAGCUCGUCUGUAGAGCUGACCGAUGAGCUGCCUGACAUGACGUUAGAUAAAGAGGAAAUCGCUAAAGAUUUGCUCUCUGGAGACGAUGAAGAAACGCAAUCUUCUGCCGAUGACCUCACACCAUCUGUGACGUCACACGAAACCAAUGAUUUCUUCCCCAGAACUCUUCGCUCUAAUGCGGUUUAUGAUGGAGACAAAGAAUCUGAGGGUGAGGAUGAUGGUUUGAACCCUGAAGACUCUCGCAAGGAGAUCAUGGUGGGAUCUGAAUAUCAGGCAGAAAUUCCUGCUCUUACCUGUUAUAAUGACCAGGAAAAAGUGUACGCAGAGGAAGAUCAGCUGCUGUGGCAGCCGGACAUGUUGCCCGAGUCUAAAGUCAAAAGCUUCCUGCAGGAUGCUCUGAGAGUGGAUGGAAAGAUGGACGGAGAUGGCAGAUGUUCUCUGGUCAGAGAUAACGAGCAGGCCUUAUAUGAGCUUUUGAAGUGUAACUACAACGUCCAGGAAGCUCUUGAACGGUAUCGCAGCAAUGACAAAUCCUCAAAGGAUGAGAUGCUUCCGUGGUCUGAAGAAGAAUGCCGGAAUUUUGAACACGCUCUUCUGUUGUACGAGAAGAACUUCCACCUCAUUCAGAAACACAAAGUCAACACGCGGACAGUGGCAGAAUGUGUUGCGUUUUACUAUAUGUGGAAGAAGUCUGAGCGAUUUGACUUUUUCGUCCAACAAAACCGAUUUGGGAAGAAGAAGUUCAGCAGUUAUCCUGGUGUUACGGAUCUGAUGGACCGGUUGGUGGAUGAGGCCGAGGGUCUGGUGGACGGAUCUGCUUCUGUGUGCUCCAGCAGCAGCGGCCGGAUAGAACCUCCAACCGAACAACAGCUCAACCUUCUCAACUCCAUCACAGCCAGUGACCUCUCUGUUCCUGUCUAUAUGAAGCCCCUCCUUCUGAAAAACACAAUAUGCUCUGAUUGGUCGGCUGGACCAGUGUGUUGUGAUUGGUCAACCAUUUUGAGCGUUUUUGGGAAAUAUCACGGCCCUUACCAUAACACGCUGACGAGCACGGUGGCGUCGGUGUGUAACCCUGCAGACGUGAGCUGUCUGGACUCCUACAACUUCUCUCCGCUGGACGGGCUUCACCGCGGGCCCCUGAGUCACGAAGAGCCGCUCAACUAUUCCAGCAACGGAGACGGCGACUGCCUCAAUCUACUCGAAACCGGCUUCUACCACUCGGACCUCGGGCAGAUCAACGUGUGCGGCGACGACUGCGAUCGGCCCCCGGCCAAGCGGCUGAAGAUGGGUCUGUCGGAACCGUUCAUAAACGACGUGUCGGUCGGAAACAGGAACAUGGGCGUAGACUUCGAAGGCCGCACGCACCAUAUCACAAGUGCCAAAAUGGCGGUUUCAGUCACUGACUUUGGCGAGGCGGGCAGCUACAUGGCCGCGCACACACUACAUCAGCACACAGCGCUGCAGUCGGAGUGAAGGCUCGCAAACCUCACGGGACUUCCUGCAAUCAAACGUGUACAUAGCCGCUUCCUGGGAUAUUGCUCCUUUUGUUUUCCGAUUAUAUACGUGUGUGUGUAUAUAUAUGUACAGAUUUUUUUUUUUUUUUUUUUACUAUGACAUCAGUGAUGUCUAAUUGUACAGACCUGAAUCUUGAUUUCUCAAGAGUUAAUACAGCCAUUUAUUUUCCAGUCUUGAAUUUUUUGGAAGUGUCAUAAACGUGUCUACGUCCGAAUACUGUGGAAAACUGAACUUGUGACAGGAGUCGUCGCAUCAAAAACUGAUCGAUCACACCUUCGGCCGACAGCAGGGGGUUUAUCCGGUCAGGUCAGCCUUUCCUCUGUGGUUCCCAUCAGUGUUUACAGGUGCCUCGGCUCACGAAUCCAGCCGUCUGAACGGCAUUUACUCUACGACCACUUGUUUUUUGUUUCGUUUUGCACCGUGAAGAAGCAGCUCUGUUUUUUUGGUGUCCUUUUCACUCAGCACAAAAACCCGGAAAAGUUCGUCUGAAUGUGUUCCGGUCGGCCCUGGGAGAUUUUCUGCUAUUUUGAACAAACAAUUUAAAGUGGUUCUAGUGAAUAUAUAGGCCCUAAAUACAGUAAUAAGUGAUUAUAGAGGUGUUAUAAAACACUGCUACGACGCGUGUAAUUUUUCUUUGCAUAUAUUUAUUAGUGUUCCUUUUGUAAUCUUGCUUUAUCAGGCGGCAUUUGAUCAGCUGGGUGUAUUUAUUGCAAUGAAGACCACUGGACUGCAUUAUGGUCACGAUUUGAGCGUUUUUGUUUCCCGAAAUGGUUGUGAAAUUACUGGCACAUGUCGUUUUGUGUUUUUUGUUCUCGAAUGUGUACAAGAGCAUUUGUUUGAUAUUUCAAGAGCGCUAUUUAUUGAAAAAAACAUUUGCAGGGAUACUCUCGAACUUCUCAGCGCGGGGGACCAAAUUGACCCGCGGUUUUACGUCUUUUCCCUUCAGUAACCAAUUAUGCAAAGCUGUACAUGAUUUCUGUUUGUCUGCCAUUGUUCAUCAUCAUCAUCAUCAUCAUCAUCAUCAUCAUCAUCAUCAUCCCUGCUUUCACUGCCUGGCGUGGCGUUCAUUUCUUCAGAACAACCCGAUCUUCGCAAAGGCCUGCAAGCGCUGACCCGACGUUAUCUAUGCAUCAAGAAUCGCUUGCAGAUUAAAACGGAUCAUUUCGAACUUGGUUUGUUCGUUUUUGUCCCUCCCCAGCUUUUUUUUUUUUUUUUUUUUUCCAAGUUUCCAGACUCUCGUAUGGCAAUAAUUUGUAAAUAUAUGUACAGAAAACCAUUUUUUUUUCUUCCUUGGCAAACAGAUUUGAACUUGAAGACUUAAAUUCUGUGCUUUUGAGUCUGCGUAUGCCACAAGAAUGCCUUCUCGACUUCCUUUACCGUUUGUUUGACUGACAUUUUUUCCCUCAUCAGAGAUUUUGCUUAAGAAGAGAGUUAUUUAUUUAUUUAUUCACUCAACUGCAAGUGGGUGUAGUGUGUUAGCGUUCUGUACACGAGUGAAGUAACGUGCGCUCCUCGUCGGACGCCGCCGUCUUCACAGGAAGUAGCGGAGCUAGCUGAAUGUACAGUAUUAUCGCAUCUUAGGGAUUUACUGAACUCGUACGAUGACAAGAAUGUCUUGCGGUUAAGGCAGAAGCCCGGUUUGCAGUGUUGCCUUAACCCUCAUUCAAAACUUGCAUGUUGAAUCGACCUGGAAAACGCUUCUGAAUGACGUACGGAGGAUUUCGGGAUGGUCGAUGUGACGUUUUCCAGGACAGUGAUCUUUUGGACGGCUUGUGCUGUGUCUGUAAAAUUGUGUUUCCUUGUAUCUGCGGCCAGAAUUCUCCAUAUUUUUUUUUUUUUGUCUUGACAUACUUGAAGGAUGUGUAUUGAUCAAUUUAAAUACAAUAUUCUCCAAUUCAGUCCUGUAGGUUGUGCAAUUCAUUUCUCCUGUCCCUCCAAGAAAUGAAAAGAGCUUUAGGAAAUUGUGUUGGUGCAGUAAUUUAUGUCCAAAGUUUGUAUAAAAAAGAAAAAAGUAAUAGCAUAAAAUUGAAAUUGUAAUGUAGUAAUGGUUGUCUGCUUCCAGGGGAAAAAAAUGUACAUUUAAAAUCCUCCCUUAUCUUUGGAAUGUUUUGCGCUUUUUAUUUUGUUUAAUAUAAAAUUGGUUUUCGUUCACUUUUAUGCUUUUGAAGGGGGGGACGCUUAUUAGUUCAAGUUCGGUUUUUCAACACUUCAUUGUAAUAAAGUUAUAGUGUUAAAUAGACAAUCAAAUGGCAAUUAAUAUUGGAAAAGGAAAUUUUAUCAUUCUUAAUGUUUGUACAUAGACACUGUUCUUGUUCUGUUGGUUUUUAUUUUGUAUUUUAUGUUGUACUUAACUGGCAAACCGUUCCAGAAAUAAAGUUCUGGAGAUAUUAUAA